AUGAAUCGUGGACGUCUUCUAGUUGAAGUUAGACAAUGUAAAAAUUUAAUUUCUUAUGCUUAUGGUCAAUCACUUCAAUCUCAUUAUAUUAAACGUUUAGCGGAUGGAAACGGUAGUAAUCCUACAUUAUUACUUUUUGAAUUUGAACCAGUUUAUACUUGUGGUCUUCGUCGAUCGUCAUCUAUUAUUAAUUCGGCUGAUAUUGAACGAUUACGUUCACUUCGUGCAAAUUUCCAUGAAACUGAUCGUGGUGGUCUAUUGACUUUUCAUGGGCCAGGUCAGCUCGUUGCUUAUCCAAUUCUUCCUCUGCAACAUCAACAUCUUCAAUUAACACUUCGAACAUAUAUCGCUCGUCUUGAACAAACAUUAGUUGAGACUUGUCGAGAAAUUGUUGGUCAAACAAGAGUUUAUCCAGGGACAGAAAAUGGACGAACAGUAAAUUAUGCUGGAGCAUGGGUAGAUAAUCAACGAAAAGUUGCUUUUAUGGGUAUACGUUAUUCACGUGGAAUAACAUCUCAUGGUGUAUCAAUUAAUUGUUCGGUUGAUAUGAGUUGGUUUGAUCAUAUUGUACCAUGCGGAUUUGAUCGACGACAUAUAACUUCAUUGAGUGAUGAAGUAUCAUCGGCGAGAACAGUAACUGUUAAGGAGAUAACACCAAUAUUUUUAGAACAUUUUCAAAAAAUAUUUAAUAUUGAUUUAAGAAUGAGUGACGACAAAUGCAAUUAA